CGUUACUAACGUCAGCACAGCCACUUCACGACUAAUAACAGUCUCCGACCUUUCCGCUUUCACGCGUGUGUCCGUACGAAAGGACUGUUCGAAAGCGGAGCGAAACCUGAAACCCUCCAUUCCCCGACCGUACUUCUGAGCUGGACUCGGCGGUCGUGUCGCGCUGCCGUGACUGGACCGUGGGCUCGCGACACAACACGACGCCGCGCCACGAGCUGUUCCGAGUCGGAGUCAUGACAGCCCGUCGUCACUCCGACUUCCGUACGUCUCUCCGUCGUAGUCCUCAUUUUGGACAACAUUCCGGACAACGGUUCGAGUUCGUUCGGCCCCUACAGUAGGCUGACAGACAUAGUCCAAAGGAUUAUUUGUAAUAAUAUUGUCUUUCCACCUUUCCGAUGGCGAUCUCCGCAAAACCGUUUCGCCUAACACCGCCAGCUCUGCUCCGCCUCCCCUCCCGCGCCCUCGUUCUGCUGAUCGCGGCCGUCCAUCUCAUGCCCUGGGAGUGCCGCGCUGCGAUCCACUUCGAGUCGGCCUCAGAUUCCGCGUCGUUAGCGCCACAGGGCCUCAGGGGACGACGGCUGGUCGGCACCGAGUCGGACGCCGUUGCUCCUGCCAGCUCCGCCGCGAGCAGCGGCGCUAGGGUCGCGCUUUCCGCGGAUCAGGCGCGAGGACAAGCGUCGAUUACUGGCGUUACGACCACUAAUCGCGUGGAUGUGAAGUGCGCGCUAGCUCGCAGCAAGUUCGGUGCGAUCUACACGUUCGGCGACUCGCUCGCUGACGUAGGCAACAACAACUAUGGCCGCGGGGAAAGCUUUUACCGCGCGGAUUUUCCUCCCUACGGGAUGAAUUUCAUCCCGCUAGUGGCAGGUUCAGUGACGGGAAACUCGUCAUUGACUAUCUGUCGGAUCAUUUCCAGCUGCCCGCCGCCCUGCAGCCUUCCACCCUGGCAUCAACGGCAGUGCCGCCCAAGCAGGGCUCAACUUCGCCAGCUCAGGGCGGGUGUACUGGACAGCACGAAUGCGGGGAAGGCCUUCCCACUCUCCUCCCAGCUGUCGCGAUUCUCAGAGCUAGGCGGCCUGGAGGCAGCAAACCAGUCCCCCGACCCGCCGCUCGCCCUUGUGUCGAUCGCCACCAACGACUAUCUCGUGUUCCUCUCCAAGGGAAUCAACCUGGGCCGUUGGAUGGACCCCAGAGAGCAGAUACGACUGGCUGAGAUCCUUCCACAGGCGCAGGAGCUGAUUGCCAGUGUGGUCGGGGGGAUCAGCAACGCUGUACGGACACUUCACGCGUCGGGCUUCCGUCAUUUCCUUGUGUUUGACACCCUGCCUAUCGGCUGCACCCCCUUGGCCUCGCAACCGUUGCUGAAUCGUCUGGCUGGCAUUCAAACGAGCCAGCCCCCUCGCAGUGUGAUCUUGCAGUGAAUCUGCUUACAGCGGAUCAUGGUGCCGCUCUGGCACUGGCAUUAGAUGCUUUAAGAGAUGAGCUUGCAGAUGCUACAGUAGUGUAUGCAAGAAUGCACUCGCUUAUUGUGGCGAUUACAGAGAGACCAGGGGACUAUGGGUUGAAUGUGGGACAUCUGCCUGUUGCGGUGCCCCUGCUCCUAUCAACGGACUCGUGCAAUGUGGAACGUCCAUCUUCAUAUCUAACGGCACACAAUCCUCGACCCCCGCCACACUGUGCGACGACAGCCAAUCGCGCGCCUUCUGGGACUUCGUGCAUCCUGGCCAGGCAGCCAAUCAAGUGGUGGCUCGAACUCUAUUCUGUGCGCUGCAAGCAGGGGUGUGUGAUGAUGAUCUGCUUAGGUUCGCCAACAGAAGAGAUUGUCAAAGCUGAUUCACUGGUCGGUACUGUCAACUUAUACAUAUUAUCUAUGUAGAAGUUAUAGGCUAGACUGAGGUAUGCUUCUAGUGAGUACAACCAACUAGUAUUUGUUCUAGGUUUCCACCUCUAGUA